ACAAAAAACCCAGCACUGUCCAAGUCUACUUGCUUCAUGUUAAUGGACGUUUGCAUCCUAAGAGCAAAUACACACACAGAGAAAUCUUACUGUUAAAGGACUAAAUAUCUAAACACCAACUUUCUUUUGACUGCACCGCGGAAAGGUGACUGAAGAGGAAGAUGAAGACAAAGAGACAUGGCAGACCACAUUCUGCUUUCCCUCUUGGGAUAAUCUUUUCAUUGUGUUUGCAAUUAAGUGCAAACCAUACUGACUAUCCCAGGGUUACCCAUGAAAUCUGGUAUCCAAUCUGCCAAAACCUAACUUGCAAUCAGAACAUAACAGAAGCCAACACAAAAUCUCCUCCAGGCAUUGAUUUUAAUGGCAAACCAACACCCCCUGCUGAAAUGCUGACAGCCACCCCCCAGUCUUUAUCUUCAACAAUGGGCCCAAACUCCUCAUCUUCCUCUGCCCAAAGUGUUCCUGAUACUGGAGGACCUAGGAAUACCAGCAAACCCAAGAUCCCCAUGACAAAAGAAACAUGUGAAGACCGUAAGUUUCUUACACUGAUUUGCUUCAUUAUAAUAGCAGCCCUUGUACUCAUCUGCACCUUCUUGUUUCUGUCAACUGUCGUAAUGGCAAAUAAACUGUCCUAUCUCAAAAAAGCUCAACAAGGAAAACGUCGGCCCAGGAGCAAUGGAGAUAUUCUGGCUACCAACAGCUUCUGGCCAACUGCAGCAGGAACGUGGCAGAGGAUACCUAAGGAGACAACUGGAACUGAUGUGGUAAUGCAGGACUUGCUAUCAGAGAGAGAUGCUGCAAUCCAAAGGAGAACCCAAGACAAAUCUACUGAGAAUCACGUUAAAGACACAGAUAAUAAACAUGAAAACAAAGAAACAAUGUCACACAAAAGCAUUUUAACCAAUUUUGUAGUUGAGAUUUAGUCAACUAAAAAAGACCUUCAGCUUUUGCGUUUUGUACUGGAUUAACAUGAGACAGAAACUUAGCUUUCAAGAAACAACACACACUGCAACAUGGGAAAGCUAGACCUUCAGGUUUCUCACUUUUAAAGGUAGUGGGUAUGCUGUAAAAACCUGCAUAUCAAGAAGGGAGUAGGACUGCAUUGAAGAGAUUUUUAGAAAUAGCACCAAGACUGUUUUAACUCCUUUAACCAGCAAUCAUGGUUGUAGGAACCAAACAGGAUAAAGCAGGACAGAACUUUGCCAUUUUUAAAGAUCACUGGGGGACAAAAAAAGGAAAGGACAGUUAGAAUAUGCUAUAUUUACGCAGACUAAAGUGCUACACAGGCACUUGCUAUUUUAAGAAAACCAUAAUUCAGUCACAACUUUGAUGCCAUUACUGAAUCAGGAACCAUUCUGUUAAAAUGCCUUUUAGAUUUAUUCCAUCAAAACUUCUUAAAUCAGAUUAAUUGCUUUUGAACCAGAUUGAGAGCAAUCAUGCUUUUUGCUUUGAUUUUAGGUGUAAAUAUGUGAAGUCUGUACUGUAUGUUAAAAUAUAAGAACUCCUUUUUGUAAUCAUCAAUAAACUAGAAACACCAGUUUU